CAGUGAACACACGUGUUGGGUUGUAACCUGGGCUCAGCCUGCAUUGUCCGUUAAAAGCGUAUUUGUCGAAAAUAUUUAUAAAUAUUGAAUCUAGUUUGUAGCCCGUUAUUAGUGAGUGACAUAUUUCAAGAUGAUUAUUGAAAAUCUGAGGAUUUUCUGUGAACGGAAUGACAAAUUAAGGAUAAAGUUUGGACCGUUUAUCAAACUACAGAAUCUUAUCAAAGCCGAUUAUGACAGAGUUAUCGAACUCCUAGGAGAACUGUUGAUGAAUCCAGACAGCAGCCAAGAUGUUGCUGACCAUUUUCCUGACAUAUUAUUACUACUUUUAUCAUUGACCAUCACACCAGAUAAAUGCUGCCUCUGGAACGCAGAGAAUCCCAACGAUGUUCACAGAUUACACUGUGUCGUUUUGGGCAAAUUAAUCUACAAUCAUCCAGAUGUACUUGGGUUUGCUCUACGAUACUUUGAGAAUAAUCCAGCUCCUUUCGAGACGGUAAAAAUCGACAGAAGUACACAAGUAAAAAAAUUCAAGCCGAGUUUUCUAAGUUCCACAGUCCCCGAGGUAUCGGAUCUUGAUAUAGUUACAGCAUCUCACAGUAUCUUGCAAAGUGCACCCUGCCAUUUCAAAGCAAAAUGGAAUUGGUCUGAGUUUUAUAAAUAUUUAACGAGUGAAGAUGAAAAUACAAGAUGGAUUGCCUUGAAGUGCAUAGCCAUUGUUUUAGACAUGUCAGAGUCAACAUUUACAAAAAGUGCCCGAAAAUGGUUUAAAAAUUUGGAUAAGUUUCUCGUAAACAUCAGUACCGAGUCGUUAAGGCCGUUAAAAUCCACAGCAUUGUCAAUUGCAGAAAUAGCUGAUAUCGCCAAAGACGUGUCCUGGGUGACGCCUAUCGGUGGAAUAUUACUACCAGUUUUGGACACGAAAGAACGAGAAAAUAGCAGCAGUCUAGUUCCUGUACCGUCAAUGGAGGAGAAUCUUAGAAGUUUAGCAUUGGCUGUAGCUUCAAGAAAAUGUGUUUGCUUACAGGGGCCAGUAGGCUGUGGGAAAACAGCUCUGGUCGAAUACCUAGCCAAAGUAACCGGUCACGGGCCAUCGAACUUUCUAAAAGUUCAACUUGGUGACCAAACCGACUCAAAAAUGUUGCUCGGAACUUACAGAUGUACAGAUAUUCCAGGAGAGUUUGUUUGGCAACCGGGAGUUCUGACACAGGCAGCUACUGCUGGGAAGUGGCUCCUUCUAGAAGAUAUCGACAGCGCUGCGCUAGACGUAGCUAGCGUUUUGAGCAACUUGAUAGAAACUGGAACUUUAUCUGUACCUGGCUAUCGAGAUACGAUUCAUGUUAGAAGUGACUUCCAGUUAUUCCUCACCCAACGAUUGAUAACCACGUCGACCGGAGUAUGCAAACAAUUUUCGGGGGCUUCGAAUCUGCUGGAAAAAAAUUGGCAACAAAUCAACGUUGAGCCAUUGUCUAGGAGCGAACUCAUCAUCGUGAUACAAACCCUCUUCCCAGUCUUGACCACCGUCGCCAGUAGAAUGGUCGAUGUUUUUCUAUUUUUCUCAAUGGGCAAUCACCAGGCUGAAGCAAAUUCUGAAGAACGUUCACCGAUCAGAACCGGCAGACUAACUUCGACCAGGGAUUUGAUUAAAUGGUGCAAUCGUGCGAUCGUCAACUUUGUCGUCUCAUCUCCGGAAUCUGCACUUAGAGUUUUCCAGGAUGCAAUCGAUAUAUUUUGCUGUUCCGUGCCAGAUCAAGCUGCGAGACUGGGCUUGGCUACUGUUAUCGGAAACACGCUCGGAAUAGUGAAAACAAAAGCUGAGUUCUUCUGCAACACGCACAAGCCAUCGAUAAAUCAAAAUUCUGACUUUUUCGUCGCUGGGCGUGCAAAAGUUCGCUGUAAGAAAUCGAUCAGGCCUGAAUUUCGGCGUCUGAGUACGAACUUUUCAUUCACGAGGCCCUCCACGUGUCUACUGGAGAGGAUAUCUUGCUGCGUAGCGAGAAAGGAGCCUGUACUCCUUGUGGGAGAGACCGGCACAGGAAAGACGAGCUCGAUUCAGUACCUGGCUCAAAGUACGGGCCACAGAUUAAUCGUGAUCAACAUGAAUCAACAAAGUGAGAGUGCAGAUCUUCUGGGGGGAUAUAAACCAGUAGAUCUGAAGUUGUUGAUAACGCCGAUUAGGGAGGAAUUUGAAAUGUUAUUUCGGUCUUAUUUCGCUAUCGAACCGAAUGAAAAGUUUCUAUACCACGUAGCCAGGAGUUUCAAUGAAAGGAGAUGGAAGACAUUGGUCAAGUUAAUGACUCACAGUACCUCGGCCGCUGUUGUAAGAUUCAAGAAGAAUGUAAACGAAACGAGCAAAAUAAACUCAGAAUCGAAGAAUGUCACACCUAAGCCAGGAUCCAAGAGGCAAAAUUCCGAGGGCCCAACGAGCGUGACCGAUGAAAAGAACAGCAGCCUGGUAUUAUUGGAAAAAUGGGGAGCACUUGCUACGAAACUGAACAAAUUGGAAUCCCAAGUGAAAACACAAUACUCUCUGGCAUUCGCGUUUAUCGAGGGCAGUUUGAUCAAGGCUCUUCAAGAAGGAUUCUGGGUUUUGCUGGAUGAAAUCAAUUUGGCAAAUGCUGAAACCUUAGAGUGUUUGUCCGGACUUCUGGAAGGCUCUUGCGGGUCCUUGUCCUUGAUCGAACGCGGAGACAAUGAACAAAUUAAAAGACAUCCGGACUUCACGCUUUUUGCUUGCAUGAAUCCAGCGACAGAUGUGGGCAAAAAAGAACUGCCAGUCGGUCUACGAAAUCGUUUCACGGAGUUGUACGUAGACGAAUUGACAGAGCCGACGGACCUGCAGCUCCUGGUAGGGUCUUACCUCAAGGAACUGCUCCUACCUCCUGCGAAACAAGAAGCUAUUGUCAAGUUCUAUCUCAAAGUCAGAAAAGAAGCUGUCAAUUCUCUCUCCGAUGGAACUGCUCACAAACCACACUACAGUUUAAGGACAUUGUGUCGUGCUUUAAGUGUCGCUUCAGGAAAUCCAUGUGGCUCGGUACAAAGAUCAUUGUACGAGGGAUUCUGUCUAAGUUUCCUGACUCAAUUAGAUCACGCAUCAUAUCCUGUAGUCCAAAAAAUGAUAACCAAAGCCAUUUUGGACAGCAAAGGAGUCGACGCCGUUCUGGGGAUGCCGAUACCGAAGCCAAAAUGUGCCAGAGAUGAAGAUUUCAUAAGUUUUGAGGGAUACUGGGUCGUGAGAGGAAAUUUGGAGCCAGAAAUUCCGAGUAACUAUAUCCUGACCGAAUCUGUGCGACGAAAUCUGAAAGAUCUCGUGCGGGUCGUGUCUAUCGGCAAAAUGCCGGUAUUGCUGCAGGGCGAUACUUCCGUUGGAAAAACUAGUCUGAUCACUUAUCUAGCCAAAGCCUCUGGACACACGUGCGUCAGAAUCAACAAUCACGAGCAUACGGACUUGCAAGAAUAUGUCGGGAGUUACGCCGCUGAUGAUAGCGGAAAAUUGGUCUUCAAAGAAGGUGUAUUGGUAGAGGCGAUGCGCAAAGGCUUUUGGAUAAUUUUGGACGAACUCAACUUGGCUCCUAGUGACGUUCUCGAAGCAUUGAACAGAGUGUUGGAUGACAAUAGAGAGAUUUUCAUCCCCGAAACACAACAGACCGUAAAAGCACAUUCGAAUUUCAUGUUGUUCGCUACUCAAAAUCCACCAGGCCUCUACGGAGGUAGAAAGGUCCUUUCCAGGGCAUUCAGAAACCGAUUUGUCGAGCUACAUUUCAACGAUAUACCUCCUAAAGAAUUACAAAUUAUUUUACACGAAAGAUGUAGUAUGCCGGAUUCCUAUUGCAAACAAAUAAUAAAUGUCAUGACCGAUCUUCAGGUGAGACGUAAAAGUACAGCAGCCUUUGCCGGCAAACAGGGUUUCAUCACACUGCGUGACCUGUUUCGUUGGGGCGAACGAUACAGAUUGGCGCCAGAUGUAGGCAAACGUUUGUAUGACUGGAGUCAGCACCUAGCGGAUGAGGGGUACCUCGUGUUGGCUGCAAAAGUGAGGAAGCCUGAGGAAGCUGAGGAAAUUCGAGAAGUCAUCAAGAAGCACCUGAAAAGAGACGUAGACCCAGCCACGUUGUUCACAUUAGAUGACAAGACAUCUCCGGUGACAAAAUUCAUACUGGAAAAAGUCAUGGACAAGGGACACCAAAUGUUUGGGCAUAUAGUAUGGACCUACCACAUGCGACGACUGGCAGUAUUGGUUGGCAAAGCCUGUCAGUUCAAAGAGCCAGUCUUGUUGGUCGGAGAAACUGGCGGUGGAAAAACUACAAUCUGCCAAGUCAUAGCUGCCACAAGUGACCAAAAAUUGUACACCGUAAACUGUCACAUGCACACAGAGUCCUCGGACUUCAUUGGAAGCCUAAGACCGGUCAGACAUCACAGUGACUCCGAUGACCAGAAACUUUUUGAGUGGGUCGACGGACCACUUAUUCAAGCCAUGUUAAGCGGCGAUUUAUUCUUGGCGGAUGAAAUCUCAUUGGCUGACGACAGCGUGUUGGAAAGAUUGAACUCACUGUUGGAACCUGAGCGUAGCCUCUUGUUGACGGAGAAGGGAGUGGAUUCUGGAAGUGAUAAUCAAGACAAUCACACAAUUGUUGCCAAUGAAACAUUCCAUUUUAUCGGAACUAUGAACCCUGGCGGUGACUAUGGCAAGAAGGAACUGUCCCCCGCACUAAGAAAUAGGUUCACUGAAAUCUGGUGCGAAGGUUGUACACAGAAAGAAGACUUACGCGCGAUAAUUGAGCACAAUUUGGCGAACAAUUCCGAGGUAACGAGUAAGGCGAUUGCCACAGCAAUCCUCGACUUCGUCGACUGGCUGACAACGUCUGAGAUCGGAAGGCGUUUCACCGUCAGCAUAAGGGACAUUCUGACUUGGGUUAACUUUAUCAAUACAUCGACCGACAAAACUAAUGUCAUCUCAAAGUUGGAAAUCAGCGAUGCUUAUUUACACGGUGCAUUUCUAACCUACGUCGACAGUCUCGGGUCUGGUUUGACAGGAAUGGAAAGCUUGGAGAAACUGAAAGACUUCAAAGAAAGUUCCCGCCGCUUUUUAACGGCCCAAAUCAAGGAGACUCUAGGCUCGAAUCUUUCAGACGAAUCGACGAUGGAAGUCAGCGAAAUAAGAGCUGAAAAUAACGUCGACAGCUUCGGAAUCAAGCCCUUUUUCAUUCCCAAAGGACAGAGUCCCGUUCAGGGCGAGGAGACAUUUACGUUCACCGCUCCCACAACCGGCUGUAACACCGUGAAAUUGCUGCGAAGUUUACAGCUGAGUAAGCCGCUGCUUCUGGAAGGCAGUCCCGGAGUCGGAAAGACCAGCCUAGUCUCGGCUCUAGCCAAAAUUUCUGGUCACAAGUUGCUUCGCAUCAAUUUAAGCGAACAGACAGAUGUGUCCGAUCUGUUCGGUGCUGACUUGCCAGUGGAGGGUGGCAAUGGCGGAGAGUUCGCAUGGAGAGACGGUCCAUUCUUGCAAGCAUUGCGGGCCGGGCACUGGAUACUGCUCGACGAAUUAAACUUGGCAUCUCAGUCGGUCUUGGAAGGUCUCAACGCCUGCUUGGAUCACCGAGGUGAGGUGUACAUCCCAGAAUUGGGACGAAGUUUUUUAGUGAAGCCGGGCACUAAGCUGUUCGCCUGCCAGAACCCGCUGAGACAGGGAGGAGCUAGAAGAGGACUCCCCAAAUCAUUCCUGAACAGAUUCACCCAAGUGUUCGUAGAAGCUCUGUCGGACGCUGACUUGACGUUCAUCGCCUCGGCUCAAUUUCCUGAACUCUCGAACGCUCUCGUAGCACAGAUGGUUCGGUUCAAUUCCAAACUAGCUUCAGAGGCUGGCGUAGCCUGGGGAUACCGUGGUGCCCCGUGGGAGAUGAAUCUAAGAGACAUAGUCAGAUGGUGCGAGGCCACCAUUCGAUCUGCCGAUGUGACUGGCGAAGAGAAAAUCCGCCAUUACAACCCUGGCGCAGCGGUGGAACUCAUCUACGUGGAUAGAAUGAGAACCAGAGAGGACAAGCUCAAAGUCACAGAAUUAUACGCGGAACUGUUUCCUGCCGACGUCUAUCCGCUACCUCCUGUUCAACCUCUUCCGUACGUAACCGAAGACAGCUUCCACUUGGGGGAUGUGUCGUUGGAGCGCAGCUCUUCUCGUAUCCAUGACGACGAGAAUUUACUGCUCCUGAGAAAUCAAACUGCGACUUUGAGGAGUCUGGUAAAAUGCGUCAACAUGAACUGGAUGGCGAUACUGAUUGGCGGAGCCGGCUGUGGGAAGACGAGCAUCGUGCAUCUUCUGGCGAAGCUUGCGGGUCAAAAACUGAGGUCAAUCGCCGUCAACUCGACCAUGGACACGACGGAAUUGCUGGGAGGAUUCGAACAGACAGAUUACAACCGGCAUUUGGAGGAACUGGUGGAUGAGGUGGAAGGCGUACUUCUGAAUACUCUGCGAAGCUUAAUCAGCGAAGAGAAUAUCGAAGUAAUCUCGAGGUACCACGGGUUUCUCGAAGACGUGCGAAAUGUCGGCAAAGACAAACAGACGACCGGAACGAUGGCCAUGGAGACCGAACUCUUUCUGGACAAGGUCGUCAAGCUAGCGGAGUUGAUAGUUUCGCUGAAGGUCCUGGACAAAAACUGCAUUUCCGCAUUGGUAUCGAUAGAAACGAGACUCGAAAAACUAUCGAGCCGCGUCCAGCAAGACGGAUGUUUGAACGCCGGCGGGAAAUUCGAGUGGGUAGACAGUCUACUGGUGAAGUCUCUGCGAGAAGGUUCAUGGCUGCUGGUGGACCAAAUCAACUUGUGCAGCCCCGCCGUACUGGACAGGCUCAACGGAUUGCUGGAACCCGGUGGAGUGCUGACCAUAGGAGAGAGGGGUGUCGACGACGAGGGAAACAUCGUGACGAUUAAACCGCACAAAAACUUCAGGCUCUUUAUGGCCAUGGACCCUCGUUACGGCGAGAUAUCCAGGGCCAUGCGAAACAGAGGAGUUGAAAUUUACGUUCUUGGAGACCAGGAAAACCUUGAUCACAAUACUCUGGACUUGCAAUCUUUACUGUUCAACGCGAAGCUAACUCGGAGCAGCCAUAGGCAGGCGUUGCUGGCAAUCCAUCGUGGCGUGUCCGAGAACCUACAGACUGGACAAAAACCGAGCAUCGUACAUUUGUUGCACGCCGCAUGCCUGAUACGACAACAGAUCUCGCGAGGGUUUUCGGAUCGACAAGCAUUCGAGUCCGCCUGCGUCGACGUCUAUCUGAAAGCCAGAUUCGUCAAUCACGCGCCAACAAAAGACCGCCUGGUCUCCACGAUAAGAGAAAUUGUCAGUGAAUUGAUUGAAAACGGUGGGAACGAAGCGCACCUGGACUUGCGAUCGGUCACCUGGAGUACCGGUGACUUGAAAGAAAACUCGCAGUUAGCCGUCGUCAGACAACAGGGGUCGGCGUUGGCGGCGGUUCUCGAAAAGUUGAAGAGUUCUGCUCCCUCGUCGCAGAGGAAUGGGAACCCCGGGGCGACUACCAGCUUUCUCAACGAGGAAUUGGAAAUGAACGAUGAAAACGCACAGGAUUUCAACGUAACCGACAUCGCGCCGUACUUGUUGCUGAAUUUUUACCUCACAUCCUCGCGAGACGACUCGAAACUGAGACGUCUGUGGCUGUCAAAGAUUCUAGAGAGCGAUGAAGAUUUGAAAGACCUGGAUAGCAAAAAUUCCGAACUAGCCGAGCAGGUCUCGACCUUCAACUUCGAUUCGACUACCACUACUGACCUCCCUUGGGAUUUGCGAUAUUUUCCAGGGCUAAUUAGAAACGGUUUGUGCGAAAAGAGUUGGAGCAGCGCCAACAAAUUGACGUUAAUAUUGUACUUGCAUGCUCUGGAUAUGGCAGAGGGCAAAUUAUUGGAAGAAUUAACAUUGGCCAAGGAGGAUCCGGUUAUUUCUGUCAUGCAGUAUUCGAACUGUGUUUAUCAUGGUAAAUUAAGUGCCAACUUCACGAAGUACCCCUUGAUAUUGAACUUUGUAACGUUCCUCACCCAAUUGGACAAAUGCAUCGAUCUUUUACUGAGAGAGGAUUCGGUGACCAUAGACACCACGAAAUGUAUCGACUUAAGGAAGAAUUUGAUGUGGCGUACUCGCUUUUUCAGCCUUGGGAAUCUCGCUUUGAUAAAUAGGCUGAAAAAAUCGAAAGACAAUACUCAUCGGUUGGACGAAGUCACUCUACUAUUACGAGUCCACUACAAGUGGUUGGUCAAAUUUUUCGUCAGCUUCAUCGAAGAAUGCGAACAAACUGCAACGAGUAAAGAUUGUUGUAUUGAGAUUAAACUGCUAUCUGCCAUGAUCGACGACAUGAACAAAAGCCUGGUGACGGUUGACGAUCCCUUGAGAGUGAUAUCGAAACGAAUGAAAAAAUUCCUAACACUUCCGUUGCCCUAUUCGUCACAGGUCGUCGCUGAUGCGUAUCAAAGAUUGCAUCGGCUCUCCGACUUGUACUCCGUCUGCAAAGAUAAAGGCGUCCGAAGACUGCGGUUUUACUUACAGUUAGCGACACUUCAGAAUCCAGAAGCUAUCGAAGCCAGAAUGGAAGUGAUCGACUGGUGGGAAGUGGCUUAUGGUACCUCAAAAGCAGAGGACAGUAUUUUGCUGAAACUAUCGGAGAUGGAAAAAGUUUGCGAUGACGAACAUAUUGGGCUCGGUACGCCGACUGAAAUUGCAAAAGUUUUAACAAAGGUACAGUCGAUCCCUGACAAUGAGAUGAUCGUCAGAUCUGCCCAAGUACAGUUAUGGCCGAUCUACGAAUACAUGUUUUCUCUACUAAUACACGCCGCUCAGACUGAAAUUUGUUCCAAAUUGUCAAAUGACGAUAGCAGUGCUCCGAUUUCCGCGAGGAUUUUGUCCAAAUUCAGCGGAAUUCCCAGCAUUCCGAUCAACGCACUUGCUAUUCUAAACGCUGUAAUAUCGAAGCUCGAUAAUCCUGUAGAAGCGAAAAAAUUACUGCCAGAACUGUUUCUCAGGAUCACAGGGUUCACCGAGAAUUCUUGCGCCGUACGUGAUCCUCAGAAAAUGUUGCACUGGCAGGGAGUCGGAGAUGAAGAUUUUGAGAACCGAGUUAACGAACAAGAAGUUGAGGUGAAUUACGCGAUUCACGGGCCCUUGCUCGUGAGCUUGGUGUCAGAGUUGAUACUGGACAAGUCAACGAGCACCAAAGAUAAAUCGGUGCUUUCGAUAGCGACACUCGGAUCCUACAGAGCACGCACCGAUCAGUUGAAGACGCUGAAUGAAAUUUUAUGGAAAAAUACGAUAGCGUUCAACGCUGAAGCGUAUCGGCUCAGGUGGAACGACUUCUCUACCUUGGAACUGUACCUGGAUGUUCAUUUAUCGGCAGCAGCAAAGGCGAUGGCUCAAAUGGGCAUAAAUCCUGACGCAGCAAAGGAAAUCACAAAACCGGGGCAGGGUAGACCGAAUCCAGAGUUUCAAUAUUUCAAGACGUUAGAAGAGCUGCGCACCUUGUCCACAGCCUUGAAGUCCAUGGAGAGAUCAGAAGCCAACGUUUUGAAACUGGGGGAGAUGUGGACAUUGAUUGGAUACGUUCAAGUUUGCAUAUUCUGUAAUUUGGAGUAUAUCGAUCCGGUGCACAAAGUUGGUUUGAAACUGAAGUACGUCAGAGAAGAUGUAGCGGAUUGCCAACGGACGUUGUACGUUGCUGAAUUGCAGUCGAAACUAAUGGGAGAUCGUGUUGGGAGCGAAAAUACACACCCACUUAUACGCGAGACAAAGAAUUGUCUGAAAAAUCUGCUCGUCCGAGAAGCCGAUUUGAAAACUCACAAUGCGAUAAGACCAAAACCUUCGGAAUAUGUCGCCCUGGCGAGGGAAGCAGCUGAUUUCAAAAACAGUUUGGGAUCUUACAACGUAAUUUGGAAGCAUUUGAACCAAUUGAUGAACAUCGGAAACCAGUUCGAACGAAAUUCUAACGUCAAUACUAGACUGGUUGAGAGCGCUAUUAGAGAAGUGGAAAUGUGGCACGAGUCUGUAAAGAGAUUUUCAGACAACAUGGAGUCUAGAUUUUUGUCAGGCUAUCCGGAUAUGGUUUUGCCCCUACUUUCUGCAGUGGCACAGUUGAGACAUGGUAUCAAUAUUUUGGUUGAGAACACUAAAAAAAUUGCUCAUAUCUCAAAGAUCGGUGUCACAGAAUGUACGCUAGAGUCUUUGCUGAGUAAUUUAGUACGAUUCCCAUCAAUCAAUAGUGAUCAGGAAGACUUACUGGCUUUGGUAGAUUUGUUAGCCGCCGAACAGACCAAAGAAAUAAUCUCCAAGAACGUUGACGUGACGAAUAAAUUUUUCUCGAAGCAGGAACUUUUCAGAAUGAUAAAAUGUAGCUUAUCAGAAUUGCGGAAUUACAUCAUCGUUAACGGUAAUUUGUCACCCUCCUUAUGGAUGAGAUUCAACUCUUUGCUUCAACAAGUUGUGCUGACUUGGCAACAACAGCAGAAAGAAAGAGAGGAACAACAAAUGGAAAAAGACAGUUUAUUCAAAAACAGAGCGCUCAACAAAGGUGGUUCACUGACCGAAGAUCAAGAGAUCGCCCAAGAGUUGCGCAAGUUAUUCCCCACCCACCACGAAACUGACUUUUCGGACAUCGCCAACAGCGAUAGACCGUCACUCGAAAAGGACACGAGGACACCCGAAGAAGAAGAAACUUACAGUGGACUCAUAACGGAAGAAGACGUCAAUAAUAUUCGAGAAUUGCACGCAGCAGUCGUCCAAUCAUUCUCCUCCUGCCAGUGGCUACAAAAUAGUUCAACGGUUCAUCACGUCGACUACGUCAAUCCACUGAUCCAGAGGUACAAGACGUUCGGUUCCCUCUUGAAUAAUUUACAACCAGCCCUGUCGAAUAGUUUGACUGCCAAGUUGUACACCAGCCUGAAUUUCCUGGUCGCCGUAACAGCAGCUUUAAGCCAGGGCAAAGACAUCAGAUUUCAAAGCAGACCUCCCAAUCUCUCCAAGAGCCAGAAAUGCUACGAUUUUUACAAAGAUAGUAAUAUCGAGGAAACGAAACAGUGCUUGCCGAUAUUAGAACACAUCGUAGACAAAGUUCAAACCCUGUUGAACGAGUGGCCGGAACAUCCCUCUCUGAAAUCAAUCAAUACUAUUAUACAGAGAAUAUACAGUUUUCCCGUAACGUCCUCCGUCUCCAGGUUCUUAACCGGAUUGGAACUACUCUUAGUGAAAAUGCAGGAAUGGGAACAAAAUGCACACAGCGGUGUCAGCUUGUCGGAAUACUCGCUGGUACUCACCCGCCAGAUUAUAUCUUGGAGGCGUCUUGAACUUUCUUGUUGGAAAGAUUGUCUGAACAUGGUUCUACAGCGGCUGAAAUCUCAAACAUCUAAAUGGUGGUUUUUCAUAUACGCUUUGAUCGAGGGGUACUUAAGAGCAUCGGAUGUCCAGUUGCAAGAUUGCCAAGACCCGGCAGGCAAAUUGACCGGUGAAAAGGAUGAGCCGGUUACAAGGGAAAAAUUCGUCUCGUCCCUUCAUUUGUUCAUGAAUACUUCUACGAUCGGAGAAUAUUCUGCUCGGCUUGAUUUGCUAUUCACUUUCCAUUGCCACGUUCGCCACUUCGAGACAAAUGAUAAGCGAGACGACCUCUUAGCAAUUUUGUGGAAUGUACAUCGGUAUUACGAACAGUUUACGGAAGCUGUCAACACCAAAAUUUCAAGCCUGAAAGCCCCCAUUGAGAAGAAAUUGAAGGAUUUUGUGAAGAUUGCUCGGUGGAACGACAUAAGCUACUGGGCGGUGAAGGAGACUGUCGAGAAAACUCACAGGACAUUGCAUAAGUUCAUCAGAGAAUUUGAAACCAAACUAAAAUGUAGUGUAGCGCUAUGCCUGGUCAUCAAACCGGUGGAAUAUAAAGUAGAAAGUACCAUCGGAGUAUGGGACAAUCCUGAGAGUAUCGAUUUCACGAUUAAUCCCAGAGAUUAUACAGUUCCAAUGGGAAUUGACAUUCCAAAAGUAGACGAAUCCCUACCACAAGGGAAUCUUCUCUUCAAAACUGAGAAUCUUUUGACAAAAGCAAGAAAAUUGUGCUCCGAAAUUAUCUCGAUGUGUUCCUAUCCCGAGAUGAGGAUGGGUUUCGAAGAGUUUAUGCAGGAGGUUAUGGAUCGCGCUUCUCAUCUUAAGAAUUUGGAAAUUGACCGGACCCAACCAAAGCCGAAGCAAAAAUCUCAAGCGAAGAGUAUACUUCAGCAAAAAAGAAUGACUUUGGCGGUCUAUUUCAAAAGUCUCACGCUCAUGGGGGUAUCUUAUCGCACUGGAGUUUUAGCAUGGAAAAAUCGCCAGGAAAAAGUCGUCGAUCUAUCCUGUCCACCACUGAAUUUACAAGCAGCUUUUGAGUUUCUAAAACCCAGAAAGACUUACAAACAAAUGCUUAGGAUCUGGGAAGGCUGUGAUAAAUAUUAUUAUAAGUCUCUAGUCAAAUUGGAUGCGGUUAACGGAGCGUUAUCGACAAAUCAGACUGACUUAGGAUUACAGAACAUGGUUCGUUGCAAAGGAUACUCAGCUCAUAUGAUGCUAUUGGCUCAUCGGCAGAAGCGGACCUUCACACAAGCCUUCAACUACUUCAUUGCCCUUCGAUUGCAGCUUUCAAACUUGUCGAGAAUGAGUGAAAAUGAUUUGAAGAUUCCCGAGCAACGCGAGUUUGCUAAAGUUGCGGAAAAUUUCAAAAAACUGCUCAUUACAUUGACAAUUUCCUUGGAUCAACUGGAAUUGUACCUACAAGCUUGUCCUAACGAAGGUGAAUACGGUUCGGAAACGGACCAGAUUUUUGCUUUAGAUUGGAACGACGUUCCAAUUAUCAAUGCCAUGAAAGGCGAUGAGGAUUGGGAAAAUGCGAAUACGAUGAUAAAACAGAGUCUGCGGAACGUAACGAGUAUCAAAAAGAAAUUUGACAUCAUUUUCCCGAACCUAGAACUUCUAAUCGAUUCAUCAAAUGAGCAGCGUGAACAAAUUUACAUCGUAACUUCUGCGCAUUAUUCGUUUUUAAUCGAAAACUUCGAUGUGGUAGCAAAAAUUGGAGUGACGCUCCAGGAUUUAAAGGAGCUAUUUACAGUAAAAAGUGAGCGAUGCUGCCAUCCAAUGGUAAAAACGAUUUCAUGGUUGGAAGAACAGAUCAGAACCAACGUCGAUCAUUUCAGAGAUCUAACACGAGUAGUGGAGCGAAAAAUUGAUUGCAAUCAUGCAAAGAAUAACGAUAUAAUUGAGACUUGUGCAGCUGAUCUUGAACAGAUGACCAAUACUGUUUUGAUUGCAAUACAGAAACAAUAUAAAAAAGGGUUGGCCUAUGAUGCAGAAGUCCCUGACCUGGUAGACAAUGUCGAGGAAUACGAUUCCAAGGAAAGUAACUUGGAAGAGAAACCAUUGACUGAAAAAUGGAUUAAUCCUCUAAGUACGGACAUCCAAGAAUUAUCCCUGAAAAGUAUAUUCCACCAGACCAAUCAUCUGAUAACGUUAAUAUACGACACAGAUGCCAACACGUCAGUUAUCUGCCAAAGAUUGCUGAUGAGAUGGCUACCAUUAUUAGAGCAAUACCUGCUGCUUGUUGAAUUUUUCCUCACCGAACACCUGGCUGCUUUUAGAGCGACGUGCAAGAUGUUGUACCUCCAGUUGAACGUUUUUCUUGAUUUAGCAACGAGUGGCUUCUGCGUACCAAAAGAUCUGGACGUCGAAGAAGGGGAGGCCGAAGAAUCCCAAGAAGGGGCUGCCAAAAGCGGAAUGGGCCUCGGCGACGGGGAAGGUGAAAAGGAUGUUUCGGAUAGGAUAGAAACAGAAGAUCAAUUGGAUGACGCCAGGCCUGAGAAUCAAGAGAGAGAAGACAAGGAAGACAAAGAUUGUAAGGAGGAAGAUGGCGGCAUAGAUAUGUCGGAAGAUUUUGAUAGUAAGCUCCAAGAUCUCGAAAAAGGAGAUGAAGAUGACGAAGAAAACACCGAUGAGAAAGAUGACGAAGAUCUGGAAAAACAGAUGGGAGAUACAAAAAAGGAUGCGGAUCGACUAGAUGAGGAAAUUUGGGGUGCGGACGAUGAACCAGAAGACGAAAACAAUGAGGAAGAUGACAACGAAAUGGACACAGGUGGUGGUGAAAAAAUUGGUGAUAAGGAAAUGAGUGCUAAAGAAGACCAGACCCGGAAAGACAAAGACACCGAUGACCCAGAGUCAGGUGAAAAUGAAACUGAAGAACCAAAAGAAAAUAUAAACGAAAUCGAGGAGCCCGAUGUAAACGACGAUCAGAUCGAUCCUUACCAUGGUAAACAACAGCCAGAACCUGAACCAGAACCGAUGGAUUUACCGGAAGAUAUAAACCUGGAUGGCGACGACAUGAAAGAGGAUGAUCCGAACGGAGAAGUGAAUCCUUUCGACAUAGACACGAUGAAGGAUUCGAUUCCACCCCCGGAAUUGACUGAUCCAGAAACAAAAGAAAAAGAUGAGAAAGAAGACGAGAAAAACGUGAGUUCUGACUCUAGCGAUGACGAGAAUGAUAGUCCUGAGAAAAGCAAUGAAUUACCGGAUGUCGAAGUUCCAAAUCAAGAUGAGACUAAAGAGACUGAUGUGCCGGACAGCGACAAUCAAACUAGUAAAGUCCCGGAAGAAAAAGAAGAAAAGCCCGAGGGUGAAAAGGAAGAAGAAAGUAAGGAUAAGGAUGAAAAGCAAGAGGAGAAAGCAGAGCCAAGUACCGACGAAGGCAGUAAAGAAACUGAUGCUGCGGAACAAGCUGAUAUAAACAAAGGAGGAUCAAGAGACAAAGUUGCAAAUAAGUCUGAAAUUGAAGAGGAUAUGAAUGCAGCGGAAGAAAACAGCCAGGAAGAGAAUAACGACAAAGGCACUGGUCAAGCGCAAUCAAAAGAACAGGAUCAGGGGCACUCGGGUUCAUCCAUGCAACACAGCACACCUAUUACCAAUACAAAAUUGGAACAGACUGAGUCCGAAAAGAGAAAGAAUCCUGGAACAAGUGAUGAAAAUAGAAGUUUAGUGGACGAACUCGAACCAGAUAAGAAAAAAUUGAAAACUAUCCACCAAAAUGAUAAAGGCAACCAAGAUGAGAAUGAUGAAAAUUCUGCAGUUGAAGAACAUGACGAAGCUGAAAUGUAUCAGCAUAUCAAGACAGCAGAGAAAUUCGAUAAACACGCACUGGACGCAGCUACCGAAGACCAAGUCAGAGAGCAGGCUUCAAAUAUGGAAAACGAAGGGAUUGAGGAUGAAAAAGAGGAAACAGUGGAUGUAGAAAUGCACCAAGAAACAGAUGACGUCCAACUACUGGAAACUAGCGAUCUCCAAAAUCCAGAGAAACUUCUCGAAGCCGAUAAAGAAAAAGAAAAGAAGACUUCGAGUGCGCAGGAGAGAAAGCGGGCCGAGGAUGGGCAAGUAGAGAUGAACGUUGACGUAGAUGGAGAAACAACAGAGACAACGAGAAUUCAACGAGGGGAUGAAACAACAUUCCACACGAAUAUCAACGACUCCGAAGAUAAUAUACUCCCAUCAAAAUUAGUCGAACGAAAACGACUCGAAGUUGAAGAGAUGCUGGGGCAAUGGUCGCACACCCCACCCACAGAAGAAGCUACUGCUGCAUGGAAUUGUUUGAGUAGUUUGACCGACGCUCCCGCUAGAGAUUUGUCUGAAAAAUUGCGACUAGUUCUAGAACCUACUCAGGCGUCGAGGUUAAAAGGCGACUAUCGAACAGGGCGUAGAAUAAAUAUGAGAAAAGUCAUUCCGUACAUCGCCAGUCAAUUCAGAAAAGACAAGAUUUGGAUGAGACGUACGAAACCAUCAAAACGUGAUUACCAAAUUGUUUUAGCUCUAGAUGAUUCCAGCAGUAUGGCCGAUAACCAUUCCAAAGAACUCGCGUUCGAAUCACUUGCCCUGAUUAGUAAGGCAAUGACCUAUCUGGAGAUAGGCCAACUCUGCGUUAUGAAGUUUGGAGAAACAACAAAUGUUCUACACCCGUUGGGAGAAUCAUUCACCGAACAAAGUGGCUCCAAAUUGAUACAGCAAAUGAGAUUUGAGCAGAAACUAACGAUGGUGGGACAAUUGGUAGACUUCACUGUGGACAUGUUCGCGAGUCAAGCCAGUUCGACGGACAACGCUAAGCUCUUGGUUGUACUCUCAGAUGGAAGAGGCAUUUUCUCCGAGGGUGUGGACAAGGUCAACUUUGCGGUGAGGAGAGCCAGGAUGGCCGACAUCUUCCUCGUCUUUAUCAUUAUAGAUAACCCCAUUAAUAAGGACUCAAUCUUGGACAUUCGAAUGCCUGUAUUCCAGAGUGGUAAACUACUCAGCAUCCGUUCAUACAUGGACAGUUUUCCGUUUCCUUUCUACAUGAUCCUUCGAGACAUAAACGCAUUACCAGCUGUUUUAAGUGAUGCACUGCGGCAGUGGUUUGAAAUAGUUGGAAAAAUUGAUGCGUAAACUUCGAUAGAUUUAACGUAUUCAUAAUCACACUUUGUAUCAUACCUUUAUAACGAAACAGCUCAAGUUAACUAAAAACUUUCACAGAA